CCACUGAGCACAGCGCAAGCUAGCAAGACAGAAGCUUAGCUCAUUGCAGCAUGGCAAAUUGAACCUCCCCCACCCUCAUUCAGAUCUGGCCUUUGGAACUAUUUUGGUCUUCAUGUGAAGUAUGACCCUGAAGUGAGACAUCAUGAGAGCGGAUGGUGCGGAAUAAAACUGCAGAGGCACUCAGGAUUCUUACCAAGAAAAAUAAAAUCAAGGACUAGCUGUGAUGAUGGAGAAAGCUGCACUGCUGCUUUGCUGCCUGAUCAUGACUUUGUCAGGCUCCCCACUCUACCCAUCCAUUAGGUUCGGCCAGAGGGAUACAUCUAUCCUGAUGACAUCUUCACUAAAGAAUCCAGCAGAGCAGCAGGAGGAAGACGCACGUCCUCCCAGGGAGCCAGCAGAGUUGCGCUUAGGGCGCCACGCUGAUGCCAUCUUUACAAACAGCUACAGGAAAGUCCUGGGCCAAAUCUCUGCCAGAAAGUUCCUUCAGACAAUCAUGGGCAAACGGCUGGGGGAUGGAAGUGAGAGUUACAUGAAACGUCAGUCAGAUAUCUAUGAGGGGACAUACAAGGAAGACCUCACAGCCAUCCAGAGAAAUCAGAGAUACAGGGGGGUGCACGGGAAUGUCCUGAGACCCAGACUGCUGAGUUGAGGAGGAAAGCUUUAUCAUCACAUUUUUUAACCAUCUUUUAUUUGUUUGAGGGUGUCCUUUAAAGAAAAGAAAUUAAAUCGUCUUAUAUAUUCACAUUAAAAGUUGUGAGGAAAUCCUACAACCUAGCUUAUCAUUGUGUGUAUAUGUGUGUGUGUGUGUGUGUGUGUGUCCGUGUGUGGGGGUGUCGGGUUAUUCAAACACCCAAAUCAAACUAUGUGACCAGAUUUCAUUAAAA